GAUAUGCAUCAGUGCCUUAUGUGCCUUGCCUUGUUGCCUUGUGGAGGACUUGGGCGGUGAGAGUGGGGCUCAACUGAAAAGGGGCCUGGAAGCAACAUCUUUCUCUGUUACCUACCAACUUACCUCUUCUCCUUCAUAUCAGUUAGUAUGCCACCACCUCCUCCGCCAUCAGGCUUCACCUUCACAUUUUCACCAAACCUCUCGGCCUACAAUGUUACAGUUGGCGACCUCCUCGAGGUCCGUCGGCCUCAUGUGCCGCUCCUCAAACACCUAGCAACUGGUGCCCUGGUAUUUUCGCACGAUGACCACAUCCUGCUUAUCCAGCGCGCCCCAGACGACUCGAUGCCACUCAAAUGGGAGAUUCCCGGCGGUGCUUGUGACGUUGAAGAUGAGACUGUCUUGCAUGGGCUGUCGAGGGAAUUGUGGGAGGAGAGCGGGCUUCUCAUGAUACAUGCGGUCGAGCUGGUAUCAAAAGAUGUGUUUCUAACGCGAAGGGGGAGAACUGUAGAGAAGAUGACAUUCGAGGCAGAGGUGCAAACCCCAAGCACAUCUGAGAGACCGGUGGUGACACUUGACCCUCAGGAGCAUGUGCGGUUCCUCUGGGCUACCGAGGAAGAGUGUCGGGCGGGCAAGGUCAACUGGGACGGGGAGGAAGUGACCAUCGAUUUUACCACCAAAGAUCAACAUAGAGUUAUCAUGACUGGGUUCAAGAUCAGGAGAGAGAGGAAGCAACUUGUAGGAGUUAAGAGAAAAGAUGUAUAGUAGCUUAACCCUAACCCCUGUUCUGAUUCUUCGAUCCUCCCGCAUCAGCCAGCAGCAAAAUGUUAAAGUGCCCCACAUGUCAGCUGCCCACGCGACGCGACUGUCCGCAUUCCCGCUGUCCGUCAGAUAUUCUGUCGUCGUUCACGCAGCCUCAUGCUCAUGCUCGCCGGGUAAACACAAAGAUCCAAUGGAGGCCGACUUCGACCCAGCUCAACCUUUCCGGGGCGUUGUCAUCUGCUGCACCAGCAUCCCGCCCGACCUCAGGGAAGACAUCGCCUCGAAAACAAUCGAACUGGGAGGUCUCCACAAGUAUGACCUCACCCCCGAAUGCACACAUCUGAUCGUCGGAAACUACGACACCGCAAAGUACCGCCAUGUCGCCAGAGAGCGCCCCGACAUCAAGCCCAUGGCUACUGCCUGGGUCGAGGCCGUCCGGGAUCUCUGGGUGAGGGAUGCCGAGAUCGACUUUGCCGCCCUGGAAAAACAAUGGCAGAUGCGCGCCUUCGAGAGGGAUGGAGGAACUAUGGACCCAAACCACCCCCGCGGCCAGCUUCUCUGUUGCACAACUGGCAUCGAGGACCCCGCCGCCCGUCAGGAAAUCGCAAAUUUGAUCGAAGCCAACGGCGGGCGCUACACUGGCGAUCUCGUCAAGGACGUCACGCACCUGAUUGCACAGAAGCCCGAAGGCAAGAAAUAUUACGCCUCCAAGAGAUGGGGACAACAGACCGUGUCGGUCGAGUGGGUCAGAGACAGUGUCGAACGAGGCAUGAUCUUGGAUGAGAGGUACUACGACCCUGUGUUGCCUCCGGAAGAAAGGGGUGUCGGUGCUUGGAACAAGGAACGGGCACAGCACGCUGCUAUGGGAAAGCGGCUGAGAGAAAAUGCCGCCGCCCAGGAGGAUGGAAAGCGAAAGCUGCGCAAGACUGCCAGUAUGAAGCUUAAUAGUCAGAGAGAUAACCUUUGGGGGGACAUUUUAGGCAUGGGCAAGCCACCACAGCCCGAGACCGCCGAACCUUUCGAGACCGCCCCUCAACAACCUGCUCCCUCAGUGUCUUUUCAGCAUGUCACACAACCAUCACUUUCAGGCCCAAAUCCCACGAAGUCAAUGGACACCCAAGGCUCAAAGCUCUCGUCUUUCGGUCGCCCCGAUGAAAGCGGCGUGUUCGCCUCGUGUUGCUUCUUCAUCCAUGGGUUCUCGGCCAAAAAGACCGAGAUGCUUCUCAACACUGUGGCCUCUUUGGGGGGCAUGAUAUGCCAUUCUCUAGAAGAAGUUUCCUCGGCAUCUGGUGCUCAGAUGGCACAUCGGUUCUUUAUUAUACCGCAGGACUCUCCUCCCGAGAUACAGCCAAAAGUCCCCGAGAACGUCAGCAUCAUUACCGAAUUUUAUAUCGAGAAAUGCCUCCACAAGAAGCGCUUUUUCCACCCAGCAGACCAUGUCAUCGGGCGUCCAUUCCCAACAUUUCCCAUUCCGGGUUUUGAGAAACUCUCAAUCUGCACGUCCAACUUCACUGGCGUCGACCUCAACCAGAUCGACAAGUCCAUCAGGCAAUUGGGGGCGAGAUACGAAGAGCGAUUCACUGCCGAUAUCUCCAUAUUAGUCUGCCCGACGCUCUCUGGGAUCAGGCCGCAGAAGUUGAAGCUUGCGUUGGAGUGGAAAAUACCUGUUGUGAAUGCCGGUUGGUUGUGGAAAUGCAUAUCUACGGGCUCUAUUGUUCCUAUCCGGGACUUCCUAUUUCCAGAGCUAAAGCAGCAGGAUUUGCAGGGCCCAAAGCACACCAUGGCAUAUGAGACUCCCGAGGCCACGAAGGGCAGGCAGAAGCCCAAGCAAGCAGCAAGAGACACGGUAGACAAGGACUUGUUGUCCAAGUCAACUGCCACGACCAAGCCUACACGUCGCUCAGAUAUCGAUGCGUCAGCUUUUGCCCUUGAGAAGACGGACACAGUCGCUAAACCGCCUAAAAAGAGAAUGGCGCCAGAAGACUCCUUCUUGACGACGGCCAAUACACACUUUGAAACCGCACCCACUCACCAUGCUCCCAGCGAAUCUACCAAAACCCCCUCCAAUGAGACACCCAGAGCGCCUCUCUCGGAAGCCUUACCCAACUGUCUGAAUAGGCCCUCAUCCUCCUCCUCGGCUUCUUCGCGAUCCCGACAGGCACCAGAAACUCACAAACCCCUUAGCCGCACACGUUCCGAAGUGGCCGAUUCUGAGGCCACCGAUGGCGAUGUCGGGCAGUCAGCAGACACGGCCUCUCCCCUCCAUUCUAUACCCGAGGUGGAAGCACGCAAAGAUAACGCAGAAAAGUUGCGGGCAAUGCGUGCAGAACAGGAGCGUAUCGCUCUGUCAGAAAAGCUAACAUCCGCCCUUCUCAAGAGGACAACCAGCACAGUCAUCGCCGCCGGGUCAGAGAGUGCUGGACUCACGGCUGACCGGUUGUCCUCCAUGGAAGGUGACAGGCAGCAGCCCCAAGCCAAGAGACGCAAGAGAGAGAUCUUGGGCAGGGCCAUCUCCAAUGUGUCGGCCGUGUCCAACAUAUCGGCAGCUAGCAGCUCCGAGCAGAAGGAUGCAGAAAAUGGCUCGCUCGGGGACAAGGACAAAUCACAGGGGCCGCUUGUGUCGAGCUCGCAGCUCCACUUUGAGGAUCCGCAGUCGAGAAAGGCAAAGGCGGCGUUGCUUGGUAAACUGACGGGGAGCACUGUGGAGGGGGGUGGGAAGUUGACGGCAGAGCAAGGCUUUGUCACGAUUGGCGAUUUGGGUGGUUAUGGGCCUUCCAAUAACGCUUCGAAUGCUGGGGCUGGGGCUGGGGCUCUGCCGCAGAGGAGGACUGCGAGGAGAAGGUAGAUGAGGUAUCUUGAUUAUUUCAUUUCUUGUGAUAUUGCUAGGCACAGCAAGCAGGUUGUGGAGUUUAUGUCGGGCUUGGAAGGAAGGUCAGGCUCUCAUGUAUGUGAGAUUAUGUAUAGAGAUACGUUGGGCUACACGAUGGUAGGAUUGGGAAAUAUGGAUUUAUGUUGGGGAAGGCCAAAAGCAGGAUAUAUAGCAGAUAAAGCCAGCAUUAAUGAGAUGAUCAACAUGAGAUCCCCAACGAACCUCAAAG